GCCUGCGCCCGAAAUCAAGUGGAUCCAUUAUGGCAAACCGAUCGAAGAGGCGGCCGUCAACCCGCGCCGCAAAGUCUUCCCCAAUCGCAUCGUCAUUGAGCGGCUGCAGAAGGGCGACACGGGCAACUACGGAUGCAACGCCACCUAAAGCAUCGGCUACGUCUACAAGGAUGUCUACGUGAACGUGUUGGCGUUGGCGCCCGACAUCGAAGACGCACCGGACGACACGGCCACCGUAGACGGAUCGGCCGUCAAUCUGACGUGCAAAGUCUUUGGCUCACCCAGACCGCUCGUCAAAUGGAUCCGCGACGGAUUGGAAUUGACUGGCGGCCGCUAUCGCGUUAUGGACAGCGGUGAUCUGGAAAUUAGGGAUGUGACCUUUACAGACGCUGGUGUAUAUUCGUGUCAUGCAACCAACAAAUUCGGAUCGGCCAAUGCCAUUGGAACUCUGAUCGUGAAAGAGCGCACCGUCAUCAGGGACGGAUCCGAAGACUAUGAAGUGGCUGCCGGGCAGACGGCCACUUUCCGAUGUAACGCGGUAGCUGACUCGUCACUGAACAUGACGAUCGAGUGGCUCCACGCGAACCAGUUGAUCGAUUUGGAGCAGAGCAAGAGCCACGCUUCGUCCAGUCGCAGGACUCGUCGCUGACCAUCGCGAAGAUGACAGAGUUGGACACGGGCGACUACACAUGCCGUGCAAAAACCAUCCUGGACAUGGCAGAGGCCAAGGCCACCCUCAUCGUUCAAGACGUUCCCAAUCGGCCGCGAAUGGUAGGCAUCCAUUGCAACAACCGCGACGCGGCCAUCGAAUGGACACCUUCGGGCGAUAAUCGAGCGCCCAUCUUAACGUACACGAUCCAGCUUAAUACGAGUUUCACGCCCGACAGCUGGGAAGUGUUGUUUGAAAACGUGCCAGCCACCGAGACGCGCUUCAAAGUGGAGAUGAGGUCUUGGUCCAAUUACACGUUCCGUGUCAUUGCUCGCAAUAAGAUUGGACCGUCGCUUCCAUCGGACCACUCGUCCAUGUGCACGACGCCUCCAGAUGUGCCGAAUAAGAAUCCCGAUAAUGUAGAGGACUGUGGCACUUCGCCCACUAAUUUGGUUGUCACGUGGAACCCGAUGCCCGAGAAUCGAACACAACGGACGCAACUUUCCCUAUCGCGUUUACUGGCGUCCCAUUGCGCCAUUUUCGGCCCCUUGUCGGAAAUCAAACCGGAUAACCAAAGGAAGGUUUACCUUCCGCAAUGCAUCGAUGACCGUCAGCGUUCUGAUAAACGUAAGAUAUUAUCCACAUCGCUUACGACGGAAAUGGGACCUACGUUAACGAACGGCCAAGAUACGAAAGGAAAUGUUGCGCUGUUCUGUGAAAAGCUAGUGUGCGAAUAA